AUGUCACCCCAAGCUGGAGCCGAUAACGCCCGUACUCCGGUUAAGAUCUGGGCGUUUGAGGUGUCGAGCAGUGGAAUAAUUUCUGUCCCUCAUCCACGCACAUUAAAAGCUGGCGAAUUUGUUUGCGGGAAGGAGAAAGUCUGGCACAUAAGUGUGUUUUGUAUCCCUAGUUGGACAGACUUAUGGCUCAAGCCAUGUUCUUCAAUGGAGCUCUUUCUGGAAUGGGACAUGCUGGGUAGACCGGAAGAGAAACCCAAAAUAUCUCAACCCAUUGCCGCCGUCACCCAAAAUGAUCGGCUGAAUCCAUCUGCAGCUAGCAUUACCAGCGCCCGUGCAAGGAGAGGGAAAAAUAUGAUUGCUCCGUGUUCAUCUGAAGAACAUAGCGCUUGGGACAAGUCUAUGAAUAUGAUGACAAACGCCGCCGAGGCCUCUUCAUCCUCCGCUGACCAGCUUUCCACAAGAGAGAAAAAGUUGACAGCGGCUCUGGAGAAGGUCUUUGGUGCUGAACACCUUGAUGAAAUCAGAAAGUAUGGCUUUUUUGACCUUGCUCCCCGCCUCACCAAUCUUGCUGCCCAAAUAGUCUUAAAAGAUUUAUCCACAGGGAUCAGGUAUGAAAUCAGGAAAACUGGAGCCUUGAUACGUGAUGCAUGUCACCAGGGAGAACCGAUACUCCCAAUUCACAGAUUUCCUGAAUUGCCAGACACUUUCAAAGUCACAAAUAUCCUGGACGUUGAAGCCUAUGGCCAUCAGUUGUCGCAGUGGCUUGAAGAGACUGAUAGGGCUUGGAUCGCAGAAUUUUCCGCCGAAGAAAGCAGACUUGAAAGGGAAGAUAGCCCGUCAUUACUACUUGCUAAAUUGCGCCAAGUUCAGAGGCAUUUCGACAAUCUCGAAGAGGUUUUGACAUAUGUGCCAGAGGAUUUUUUGACUGUCUUCAGAAAUCACAAAAGAAUGCUUGAAGGGCUUGAAUCCCUGCCUGAUGAGCCUCCAUCACCGUCUGGAGAAGAUAUUCCUCUAUUGAAAAAGUGUUGGAUCUGA